AUGGGUACUUCUUUGAAACCUAUCUCGAACCCUAUCAAACGAGGCUCUACCAGAGACCAACGACAUAAUCCAAUCAACGACUUUUUACUUCACGAAGCUGGUGGUAUUCCAUCAAAUGAUAAGAAUAAUAAUUAUAACGCAAAUUUUCCAAGUUUGCCAUCGUCGAAACCGAUUCAAUCUACUCCAAACACUAAUAUUAAUUAUAUUUCUUCAACAAAACCACAGCCAUCCGGUAAACGUGACUACGUUGCCCCUCAACGUCCAACAGUUGUACCUUCGUCAACAUCUAAACCUCCAGUAAAUUCAUUUACCAAUACUGGAACAACUUCACUCUCUCCUAAAAGGGACUAUGUAGCUCCCCAGUUUCCUACUUUGAAACCUAUCGGAACUCAAUCACAUCAGUCUACUUCUAAUACAACACCUAUGCCACGUGGUCCUCCUAAGAGAGAUUAUGUGGCACCACCAUCAAACCACGGAAAUCCGCAGCCAACGACUGGAAAAGUAAAAGAUCUCAUUAACUUGUAUGAUAGUAUAUCUACAGGUGGAACGGCACCGUCGCAAAAACCUAGUUAUAGUUCUGUAUUACUACCCAAAGGUGACAAAGUACCAACGCAGCAUGGUAAUCAUGACUCAACUGUAUCAACAGCUAAUACUCCAAAACCGAUAAGCUUUAGUUCAGUCAUAUCAGGUUCAAAUAAACCUACAUCCCCUCCUUCAAAACCAGGUGUUUCAAACAAUAAUUUACAACCAACAAAUCGGCCUGGAAGUCCUGUUUUACCCAGUACUAUAGUCAAUAAUCAAGGUCAAAAUUCAAAUUCAAAUGGGCCGAGUGAUGUUGAGUUACAAACAUUAAGCGAAGAAUUGCUUCGUAAAGACGUAAAUAACGCCGCUAAAUAUAUAACAGUAAACUAUCAGGAGAAAACAACAGGAAUUUCUAAAGAUGAUAAAGCUCCAUUACCUUUGCUUACUAUUGCGCCCGAAGUAUGGAAUAUUACGACGAUACAAAAAAUGUUGCCGCUAUUGGAUAAUUAUGAAAGAGAUACUUCAGACAACGAACACGUCACAGCGCAGGAACGGAAUGAAGAGAACGCAUUUUUGGAUGCAAUUAUGUCUACGACUGUGAUUCGCCAUUUAAUGAGUUUCCUAAAAGAUAAAGGAUACGUCACACCAGAUCCUAAACAACAAAGAGAUUACUUGAAACAAAUGUGGUUCGGUUUAUAUUCUAGAGGUAAAGGAAAAAUAAGCAGUUCAGGCUUCGAACACGUGUUUGUAUCUGAGCUUAAAAACCUCGAAGUCUUAGGAUUACACAAUUGGAUAUAUUUUUCGAAAGAAGAAUCCGCAAAUCGUAUCAACUAUUUAGGUUACUUGAAAUACGUUACUUUCAAUAAUAAAGGAGCUAUUCUUAAAAUGCACAUGAACCAGCAAGGAGUCGACAAGCCCAUAAACUCUAUGUUCAUAGGCACAUCGCCUGAAUUGGAAAUAGCCCUUUAUACUCUAUGUUACGUUACGAGAGUAGAUAAUGAUUGUAAUCUCAAGCUUGACUCGAAAGAUAUUAAAAUAAUUACGUAUAAUUAUAGAUAUCGCAGCAAAAACUAUAUCGGCAGUGCCUUUCCACAGAUAUAACAAGCUUUGCAGUAUAAUUAACAGUGGCGAAAUUACAAAUUUGCCGCCAGUAGACUCAUUACGUUUUUGCCGCCGACUCGUUAAGUUUUCGAAACUAAUUUUAGCCGGUAAAAAACGCCCGUAACGUUAAAUAAAACCGUAAGAUUCUUAUUUAUAGUCAUGUAUGAUGGCUAUACAAAGUCUAAUGCAUAGUCUACGUGUUAUCAUUGUAAAUAAAAGAAAGGUGUUCAGAUAAUUUUGUAAAGUAGUAUUUUUUAAUUUAUAUCGAUAAAAAUAUC